UUUGUUUUAUUUUAAGCUAUGGUAAGAGUUUCGGUGCGAUAUAGUCCCCAUUUGACUCCAAUAUUUAAGGCAAAAAUCUCCAUAAAUUAUUUUCAUGGUGACGGCGUGGGUAAAUAACUAUAUAUUACCCCGGAUAUUCGUCCUACACAUUGUCGUCCAAAACUUAUCUUCCGAGGCAGUUUAUUUAGUGUUAAUUUCCUAUACCCAUAAUAAAUAAAAUCGAACAAAAUUAAGCUAAAAGUGAUCUUUCUCGUCUGCUUACCACAACCUAAUUCUUCUAUUUAUUCCCCAACGUUUAUUAUUAUUAUUGUUAAUGUAGUUUAAUAAGACGAUCUUAAUAGUAUGAGUGCAUAACUUUUCUUUAUGUAGUUGGCACUAAAAUUAGCAUAGAAGUUUACUUGUCUCCUGGAGUUUCUCGCCUUUUUCAUGUCUCUGUCUUACGUCAACUGAUAUCUGGUUUACUUGCGUUUUCUCAAUAAUGACUAUGUAUUUUUUGGAGACUUAUGUAUGUAAAUCUAUUCUUAGUAAAUGAAAUUUGUUCCGUUAAAGACCGCUUCAAGUUCACGUUAUAUGGAUAUGAUUAAAAAUAGGGAAUCCAUCUGUUCCAAUAUAUGUGUUUUUAUUCGGUUUCUAAAUAUCUAACCUAUAUCCUUUAAGAUGCUUAGUUGUGAAUUUAAAGUCCCUAAAUACUUUGAAGUUAAUUUAAAACGAAGAUUAGUACAUACCUUUUUAAGCUUUUAGACUGAGACCAGCAAAUUGAUUCUGAUGUUAGCCGAUUGUAGCAAUAAAAGUCUCAUUUACAUAAUUGUUUUCAUCCAACUAUUGGUUUAGGUUUCUGGCAUUCAAACUAUUGAUACUAACCAUGAAGACAUGAUACAUGAUGCUCAGUUGGACUACUAUGGAACAACUCUAGCAACAGCUUCGUCUGAUCAUUCAGUUAAAAUAUUUGAUGUCCGUAACAAGAAACAAGUUCUUAUAGCUCACUUACGAGAUCAUCAAGGACCUGUUUGGAGUUUAAGUUGGUCCCAUCCUAUGUAUGGGAGUUUAUUGGCCUCUUGCGGUUAUGAUCGUAAGGUGAUUAUCUGGCAAGAAAUCAAUGGACGAUGGGGAAAAGUCUUUGAGUAUGCUGAACACGCUAGUUCAGUCAAUUGCGUUUGUUGGGCUCCUCAUUCUUAUGGACUAAUGCUAGCAUGUGCCAGUUCAGAUGGGACAAUCUCCAUCCUUAUAUCAGACGAAACGAACUCUUGGCGUGCCUUUCGAAUCCCAGAAGCACACUCCGUUGGUGUUAAUAGCGUGUCUUGGGCACCCUCCAUAAAUGCUGAAUUUAUAUUCAAUCCCACGUUGGCAACAUCAACAACAUCAACAAAUACUCUGAUUCCUCCUAUCAAAAGACUAGUUUCUGGUGGGUGUGAUUCUUUAAUUAAAAUAUGGCGUGAAGAUGUUUCUUCUGGAAAUCCAGAAUGGAUCGAAGAAACUCGUCUAGAUGGUCAUACCGAUUGGGUACGUGAUGUUGCUUGGUGUCCAAGCUUGAAUAUUUCACGACAAUUAAUCGCUUCAUGUGGCCAAGAUGGAAGAUUAAUAAUUUGGCAAUCGACAGCUAAUAAUGAUAAUAAUAAUGAAAAUCGUAUGAUGAAUCGAUCGACAGCAGUAAAUGAUAAUAAUAAUGAUAAUAAAAACCCAAAUUCUAAUGAAUUAGUAGAAUCAAAAGAUUUCCAGUCUACACAAUAUUCCACAUUUUGGCGUCCAACCAUUUUGUAUACAUAUCCCGAUGUUGUCUGGAAUGUUUCGUGGUCUGUAACUGGGAAUAUUUUAGCGGUAUCUGGAGGAGAUAAUAAGAUGAAUGAAUGAUUUGGUGAUUAUACGAAGAUGAAUCAUAUUAUUCUUUAUACUUUAUCAUGUUAUUGUUCUAUCACGAAUAGUUUUACAUUUGUAUUACAGGCACAUAGUUAUUACUUUUGACCUGAGUGUGACCCUAAUAGAAAAAUUGUAUGUGUGAUGAUGAACAGUUACAUGCCUAUAUAUUUGUAGGUAUAGCAGUAGUACAUUGUUGUAUUUCAAUAAUUGUAAUUAAUUAUGCAACUGUAACAUUACCGCUAUAUUUCCAUGUCAAUAAAUAUUUUCUAGCUUAUUUAAAUACAAACAUAGAUACUUGAAACAAUGUAGCCUGACCAAAAAAAGUCAAAAUUGUCAUACUAAAUGAAUACUUUUUAACGUUUUGGAUAUCCUUAAAGUUGAGAAAAGUUUUUUGUCAUAUUCAAUAGCGUUUCGUAUACAUAAAGAGUUGUAUACUUAUAUUCUUUGUAAAAGGAUUAAUCUCCAAUCACUUCUUUCUGUACUACUACUAUUACUACAAUUGAUAAUGUUGCUACUUGUACUACUCACUAUGUUGAUUUAGUAUGGCAACGUGAAUCGAUCCACAUAAUGUGUCAGUUUUCGUAUGUUUGACGACUGACUGCAGCCAUCUAUUUCAAUUAAAACGGAAAGGAGAUAAUGCUAUCUGUUACUGAAACAUGAAUUGUAUUCAGUGAGUCCAUUUAAUAAGGAGUGUUGAUUCAGAUAUAUGUAAUUAUUUGGAACUUGUGUUUUUGAUUUCAUUCAACUUUACAAACUACUGAUGUGAAUUGUUAAACUCACACCUUACCGUAUGUAGUUUUUCCAAGCAAUCUAAUCAAAUAAAGAAAUUCCACUCAAUAUUAUAUUUUUGAUUAAUUUAAACAUCGUAUGUAAAGUAAUUUUAACUGAGAAUAAUAUGAAUUCAUUUGUUAUUUUAUUGUUGUGUAAUUCUCAAAAACCAACUACUUUCAGUCUCUAGACACUUUCAAUAUUCAAUUGUCUAGAAUGCAAUAGAAUUGCAUAAUAUUGUUCUAUGAUUAAAGCCUAUUGUUACGCUAUUAGAAAAAAAACUAUCAGAUAAAACGAACAUAAAAGCCACAAUUAUUGUUUGGAAUAGAAGAGAGGAAAUCAUUCGCACCAUCCACUUUACGUUUAGCACACCUAUAUUUUACAUUACUGAAUUAUCACUAUUUAUACUCAAGAAAGUAUGGAAUUGGUUAAAAAAAGACGAAAUGAAAUAAAAAACAGAUGGUAAAACCCUAAUAAAAGUUUUCAGUGUGAAUAAGGCAACCGAAAAGAAACAGGUGAAUGGUUAACCAAGUAAUGAUGUUAUGAUCAAAUAAUGAAAAUUCCUUAUAUAGAAUAGAUGAAAUGCAACUAGUAGUGGAAUCCAAGACACGCGUCUCAUCUUAAUUGAGAUUUGUCAGCUGAAUAUACCUGUAUCCCAGCCUAAAUGUUUAUUAGGGUAUUCAUACUCAGUAAUUUCCGUUUCAAGCUCCAGCGCUUUGUCCACUUCGCCACUUCUAGCCAUAUUUCAUCGAAACCUAUAUCAUAAUGGCUGUAACUAGAUAGUCCACACAAGAUUCACAUAUAUCAUCUUAAUCUGACCACAUCUCAGUCGAAAUAUCAAUAGCAAGACAAUCCAGAGCAUUACAAAUGAAAUUUUAAAAAAUGUAUUGAAUUACACUUGUCAGGGAAUUAGAUUGAAAUGUUGUUUUCUUCUCUUUUCCAAAUACAUAGAUAAUUAUGAUUAGUUCUUUUAAUGAUAAUAGACAGUGUACUACUCACUGAAUCACAUUGCAUCUACAUUGUUCUUUUCUUAGUUUCUAGAUGUCAACAUUAUGUUAUGGAUAACUUACAUCUUUGUUUAGUGUAGUCAUUACAAACAUUUAUAGAUAUCUCUUUGCAUUCAUAUCUGAAUCUGUUUCAGCUUAUAAUUAUACCGUUUGUCUGUGUUUGCUGAUUCUGUGAAUUCUUCCCAAUGAUAAUAUAAAAAUGCCAUAUUCUCCAUAUAAGCAUUAUUUAUUACCUAUUCCUAAAGUUGUCGUUAUUUUAUUCACAGUUCUAAUCAUUAUCGUUAUCAUCAUUGUGUUUAAAGUACAAUCAAUUUCGUCUAUCAGCUUGUAUUUUUCUAAGAUUAAGGUCAGUUAUCACCUCUAGUCAAACAUCAAAACUAUUUAAAUGUUAAUUAUGAUGUGAAAAUUCCAUGUUAAAUGUUUUAUUCUCAAUACCAUUUAUUUAAUAGUACAUGAUUUCGCUUGAUUAUUAUAAUAAAUCAUAAUGAAAUUCUGUAUAUAUAUUUCAAAACCAAGUUCCAAUAAUGUAAUAAGAAGACUAAGAUUAUCAUUUGUAUUCCUUUAUUUCUUUUUCACCCUAUUGAAUAAACGUAUUUAUUUUUCCAAUGAAUUAAUUCAUUUCCAUUUAUAUUUUUAUAAUGGUUGAGCUUUUUUGUUAAUGCAUGAGUAAAUGAUUAUUGUGUUCUUUCUGUCUUCUCCAAUCAUCAUCAUUUAGGUUACACUUUGGAAGGAAAAUU